GUGUGAGCUCGCUGACAGGACUCUGACGUCAUCCGCGUGCGCCGUUGUGUGUCUGUAGCUAGGUGACCUCGCUAAGCUCGGGGACCAUGGCCAGGAGAAAGAACCUGCGGCCCAUCGCCGAGAUGGCCAGGAAGAUCCGGGCUUACCGGGAGCUGAAGGACCGGCCCCGGGACAGCCAGCGCUAUGCCCUGGACUACCAGGUGUGUGUCCAGCCCAAUGCCGCCAUUAAAGGGGCCGGGCAACGUGUCCAUCCGGCCUGGGCACACUGGGCUAUGCACUAAAAGGAGAAAUCACAGCGGAUCCCAAGGAUUAAAGGACCACUAUAGGCACCCAGACACCUGCAGCUUAAAGGACCACUAUAGGCCCCCAGACACCUGCAGCUUAAAGGACCACUAUAGGCCCCCAGACACCUGCAGCUUAAAGGACCACUAUAGGCCCCCAGACACCUGCAGCUUAAAGGACCACUAUAGGCCCCCAGACACCUGCAGCUUAAAGGACCACUAUAGGCACACAGACACCUGCAGCUUAAAGGACCACUAUAGGCACCCAGACACGUUCAACUCAAUGAAGUGGUCUGGGUGCCAGGUCCCUCUAGGAUUAACCCUGCCUGCUGUAAACAUAACAGUUUCAGAGAAACUGCUAUGUUUAUAAAUAGGUUAAUCCAGCCUCUAAAGCCUCUAGUGGCUGUCUCAUUGACAGCCGCUAGAGGGCUUCCGCGCUUCUCACUGUGAUUUUCACAGUGAGAAGACGCCAGCGUCCAUAGGAAAGCAUUGAGAAUGCUUUCCUGUGGACUAGCUGAAUGGGCGCGUGGCUCUUGCCUUGCAUUCAGCCAGGGACGUCAGAAGAGGGAGGAGAGUCCCAAGCAAAAAUGUAGGAAUUUAACCCCUUCCUCCUCCUAGAGCCCGGCGGGAGGGGGACCCAAAGACCCUAUAGAGCCAGGAAAACAAGUAUGUUUUCAUGGCACUAUAGUGGUCCUUUAAGGUCAAAAUAGCCAAACUGGAACAAAAUGUGCGAGUCAGCUCUGCUCUCAUUUCGAUUACUCUGGCCUUACAUAGGAAAUUCACUUUGAAUUCUCACUCUAAUAAAUAGCCCUCAAAGACCUGACUAAGGCCCUACACGGGUAGUUAAAAACAUGGCCAGGUCCACUAAAUGGUGGAGUAAAUGUCUUGCUGGUGUUACAAGUUCAUUUACUUUAUGUCAGCAUUCUGAGGAUCACACCCCACACUCUGUAAUAAAAACUCAGAGAAGGGGCAGCAGUCACAAUCUAAGGAUAAGAGCAAACAGAAUGUACAGAAAUGCCACAAUCUAACUGACAGGUAGAAUAGCAGAUACAAGUAAACUAUGAAAAUGGGACAUCAAAAUGUUAUGAAGACAGCUAUAUAACGUCCGAAACCAAAUGUGACAGAUGUAUUAAAGAAAACAACAAGAAAAACACAUCUAACAUGAAAUAAAAACAUCUAGUGCACCAAGAAUCCUAAAAAAAUGUUCACAAAGUUUAGAAACUAACCGUUCUGUACAAAAUUUGAAUGGAAAAAAAAUAAAAAUAAGUUCAAGCAAACAGAGUACCUGACCUCGGGGGUCCACACCGCAAAUGCAGACAGCCUCAACCUUUCAUUGGCCACCAAUUCAGAGAACUUUGGGAUUAAACUGUUGGAAACUAUUUUAACCCAACAAAGUAAAGCAGCGUUCAGGACCUCCAGACACGAUAAAAACUUAAUUGAGAUUAAGUUCUUAUGGUACCCGGAGCGGUCCUUUAAUGUCAAGUUAUCAAUGUUUAGGUACACACAGACCAGAAAUUAUUAAUGAAGUCUACGUAUUAGUGAAUAUACCUAGUCUGUGUACCUAACUAGACAGUGAUACCAGAUCUGCGUGUAGCCAGACAUUAAUUCUGGGUUCUGUUGACCUCCUCGGUAUAAACUGUGUAAAACUGUGGUGUCUGUGCACUUGGACUUAAUUCCAGGUACGUGUAUUCCACAUAGACAUUGAUGGAUCUAAGCACACACAGACAGCAGUUAUGCACAUAGAUUUAUACACAUUCAUUACAGGUUAUUUACCUGAUCAAAAUCAAGCACACGUUCAUGCUGAUUUAGUUUCAGAAAUAAGGAAUGCUAAGCAAGUCAAUCUAAUAACUGUUCCUUACACACUAGACCAUGACUCGGCCAUUUACUGGUAAGCGCUUGCCAGUGCUGGCUUGGGAGGACGUGAAGAAUGAAAACCGCCUUUUCACAUUGCUUGCCGGUCACAGGAUGUUUGGGGUGGGAAGAAUGGUGACCAGAAAGUCCUGGCUUGAGACGUACGUAGAACCCUGUUACUGGACAAUCACAAAGGUCAAAGUAGAUUACACAGCUGAGGUAAGAGAAGUGUGUUUGAGAAGCUUGUAAUUGAACUUGGAUUUCAAGACAGUCACAUAUAUUUCUUACCAUACCACUUUCUGAAACAUCUCAGACGGUGUUAAAGUGGCACUGCUACAUAAAGAUUUGUUUGUAUUUUACUUUAAAACAUCAGUCUAUAUAGCUUUUCAUCUAACCAAUCUAUCGUACGUUUAGCUGGAAUUACCUGUAAAAGAUCUAUCAUUGUUGUAUUCUUGGAAUUGUAUCCUGAUUUUCAAAUCUUCAUUGACAAUUACUGAUGUAGAAAUAAAACUAGAGAGCUCGUGUCAUGUCAGCUAGCCAGUCAGAAACCAUAAUUUACAACUUGUCACUGUGCAGGAAGCAGGAAAUGGUUGUUUGAGGAUUGUGGCAUUGCUGGAAACCCUUUGUGAUUUUGACAGAGCACUUUCAUUUUGAUCUUUAAAGUAUUAAUUUUAUUAAAAACACUGUCGUGAUAUUUUCUGGCUUAGCAUCAUGGAGUUCAGGCAUCCACAGAUGGCUUCUGUCUCUUUUGGUAUUUCACUGCACAGCUUGAUUUUCUUCUCCAGCAGGGUCACCAGCACAAACUUUUUAAAAUAACCCUCAUAAUAGUACAUAUAGGACUUACAGAGGUAAUGCACUAAAGUGGCUACAAGAGAUGUGAUCACCAGAGAUAGUCACUUCCCAGCAUUUUAUGGCCACCCAUAUCUUGCAAGUCUGCAGUGUCUGGAUUCUGCCUUUUCCUGUAGUUUGCAAACUGAUAUGUUGUUUUUUAAUUGGCUUGGAAGACAACGAAGGUCAUUCUCUAAACUGGGAAUCAUGGUGUAUUAGAAAUGUUGGCAAAAAAAUAGCCAAGUUAGAGAAAAAAAACCCACUAAACUGAACUACAUUUCCAGCACAAACAUUUUACCUUGAACGUUGCAUUUCAUGUGCCAUAUUCCCAAAGACCUCUGUUAAGUGUGGAAACCAAACUGUGGUCUUGACUACAUUUAUAUUAAAGGGACACUAUAGUCACCCAGACCACUUCAGCUCAAGGUUUUAACCUUUCAGAUGCAAACAUAGCAGUUUCAGAGAAACUGCUAUGUUUACAUUUGGGGUUAAUCCAGCCUCUAGUGGCUGUCUUCUGGACAGCCACUAGAGGCACAUCUGCGACGCUGGAUGCGAAUUUCGCAUCCAUCGCGCAGAGCGUCCAUAGGAAAGCAAUGAGAAAUGCUUUCCUAUGGACAUUUUGAAUGUGUGCGCGGUACUUUCCGCGCAUGCGCAUUUGACUCCACUGACGUCGGAUGGGGGAGCUGACGGCGGGGGAGGAGAGGUCACCAGUGCCGAGGGAGCCCGGCGCUGGAAUAAGGUAAGCUGCUGAAGGGGUUUUAACCCCUUCAGCGCCACGGGAGGGGGACCCUAAGUGUGGGGGCACCUUCAGGGCACUAUAAUGUCAGGAAAACCGCUUUGUUUUCUUGACACUAUAGUGAUCCUUUAACACCAUUAUUCAAGCAGUAAUUGCCAUUCUAUUUCUACAGUAUUUGCUACUUUGAUAUUCUUGUUCACUAACUUAACAUUAAAAUGAUAUAUUUUAAUUUCUUUACAGAAUAUGGAUCAUGGAAAGGCAUGGGGAUUCUUAACAUUUCGAGGUAGGAAACCUUUAAAAAAACACUAGCACUACCAUAACCAGUACAGCCCGCUGUAGUGGUUAUGGUGCCUAGUAUGCCCUGAUAUCUUCCCAGGUUAAGUAAUCAUCAAAUCAUUUGAGAAUGUAUAUUAUUGCAGGACUAAGACUGCCUUUAGUGACUGUCAAUCAGAAAACCACUAGAGGCACUUCCUGCUUGCUAGGCCACUUUUGGUCGUGUUACAGAGGGGAUCGGGUGACGGGUGGGGUGUAUUCCUUGCACUGUAGGAUCCCUUUAACAGUUUGAAUGCCAGCAGACUGUGUAAAGGCUGCCUUUAACUAUUCUAAUGACUGUAAAUGACGCUUGCUAGGCACAUCAUUAUUGUUUAAGCUUUAUUAAAAGAUGGACAUACAUUGUGGUGAAACUUUUCUGGUAACGGUGUACAGGGGAGGAAGGGAAACUGUUUCGAAAAAUGUGAUGCAGUUUAAUAAUCCUUGUGUGUCGGCACCCAGGCUGACGCAGCAAUGGGAACAAACUACUGGAGCUGCAGAAUUAGAAGAUUAUUUGAAAUACAAAAAACACUAUUUCGUUUAAAUCUACUCUUAUUUUCACACAGGCAAACCUGAGACUGAAGUAAAGGAAAUACCCAAAGUCAUGUAUCAUGACUGGCGUCUUGUGCCACGUCACGAAGAGAACAACUUCAAGAUGUUCACCCCUGUGGCUGAGCCAGAACCUGUCCGCUAUGUUCCAUAUCCUCCUCUCCUACGAGCCAUGAUUCUAGCCCAGUUGCAGAAAGCAGGGAAGCCUUUAACGGAACCCAUGCUUGACCUCCAGCGAAAUCGCUUCUUUGGCAAAGACUACUUUGAGAAAGAGAGACAAGCGAAGGAAGGAACUGCGGUCUAACGUGGUCGACUGGACUCAUUUCAGCCAUGGGAUCCAUGGCCAGGAGCAACAUAAGAAUUUAAACUGCCAUAUAUUUCGGAACCUAUGUAUCAAACAAAAGACUAUCUCAACUGUUUAUUAUCAGUAUCUAUCGUAAAUCUGAAUAUAAUGGAUUUAAACCCCCUCAUAUCCAGCAAGAUACAUCAUGUAUUGUGAAACUUCAAAUAUAAUUAUUUUCAUUAUAAGGUUUUUUUCCUUUACUGACUUUGUGCCACAUACAGGGCAAAAUAACAGAAUUGGUUAAAUUAAUUUCAGCUCAUUCAAUUUGGAAAGGUUUUCCCACUAGACUAUUGCAAGUCAUGUCCGGUCCCUCUUAGUGGAUAAACCUAUAUAAAUCUUCAGAGCAGUGAUUCCUGACACAGUCCUCGACGCAGACUAGUGAUCUAGGUUUUGGGAAUACCCCUAUAGGAAGAGAACAUAAUGUGUAAACUCAAUACUGUUGUUUGUGGAUAGAUAGGGAACCACUGGCUUGGAGAAAGGCCAGGCAGCUGCGGCCUUUAGCUAUUCUUAGCAUCAUGGUUUCUGGCUGAGGGUGAUCGGAGAUAUAGAUCUACAAGAUAAACUAUAUACCUGAUGUUUGGUUCCAGUACUGGAGAGCGGUUAGAAAUGGGAACGUUUCUUGCUAAUGAUUGUCUUUCUUUUUUUUUUUUUUGGUUAAUCAGUGGCUAAUGAUUGUCUUUCCAGUUAAGUUAAUAUUUUAUACGUUGUACCUAAAGGACAUCCAUUUUGAUAAAACACUUGGUGUCAGACUAAGAAACAAGUUUGCGUAAAAUAUUUUCUUUUGUUGCUUACAUAACUAUACUGAGGGCUGUCUUCAGCAACUCAGUUCUUUCAGAACUGCAUAACCUGUUAUCCUUAGCCAGCCUUCUACAAACAUCUCCAUUUACUGCUCCAUCCUGAACAUCAUUUAUUGCAAACCCAGUCUUCAUAUAUAGAAACAAUUCAUGUUUUUAGGCUAGUUAGUAUAAAUUAUCUUCAAAUGUUGGUCAUAUGAAGCACAUGCAAUAAAACAAACAGUAAAGAUAGUUUUAUGGACAAUCAGUCUUUUAUCCAACCGAGUUCUAGCUGCAACCUUUCAAUUUGGAUUCCGUUUAAGUUGUUGUGUUUCAUCUAACCUAAAACAUGAUCUUGGCAAGUUCCAGACUCGAGUAUCGGGUAUUUAUGCUAUGAUCUUGGCAAGUUCCAGACUCGAGUAUCGGGUAUUUAUGCUAUGAUCUUGGCAAGUUCCAGACUCGAGUAUCGGGUAUUUAUACUAUGAUCUUGGCAAGUUCCAGACUCGAGUAUCAGGUAUUUAUGCUAUGAUCUUGGCAAGUUCCAGACUCGAGUAUCGGGUAUUUAUGCUAUGAUCUUGGCAAGUUCCAGACUCGAGUAUCGGGUAUUUAUGCUAUGAUCUUGGCAAGUUCCAGACUCGAGUAUCGGGUAUUUAUGCUAUGAUCUUGGCAAGUUCCAGACUCGAGUAUCGGGUAUUUAUGCUAUGAUCUUGGCAAGUUCCAGACUCGAGUAUCGGGUAUUUAUGCUAUGAUCUUGGCAAGUUCCAGACUCGAGUAUCGGGUAUUUAUACUAUGAUCUUGGCAAGUUCCAGACUCGAGUAUCGGGUAUUUAUACUAUGAUCUUGGCAAAUUCCAGACUCGAGUAUCGGGUAUUUAUACUAUGAUCGUGGCAAGUUCCAGACUCGAGUAUCGGGUAUUUAUACUAUGAUCGUGGCAAGUUCCAGACUCGAGUAUCGGGUAUUUAUACUAUGAUCGUGGCAAGUUCCAGACUCGAGUAUCGGGUAUUUAUACUAUGAUCUUGGCAAGUUCCAGACUCGAGUAUCGGGUAUUUAUACUAUGAUCUUGGCAGGUUCCAGACUCGAGUAUCGGGUAUUUAUACUAUAAUCUUGGCAAGUUCCAGACUCGAGUAUCGGGUAUUUAUACUAUGAUCAUGGCAAGUUCCAGACUCGAGUAUCAGGUAUUUAUACUAUAAUCUUGGCAAGUUCCAGACUCGAGUAUCAGGUAUUUAUACUGUGAUAUUUUCUAAAGUUUACACAGCAGCUCAUAUACAGUAGAUGGCAGUUCCAUGAUGUCAUGGCUGCCCCCUUUGUGCAAAAUGCCAAACACUAUAUAAUUCAUGAUCAACAGUUGAAGUAAAUAAUUAUUUGUUUGCUGGGCAAACUUACCAACGCAAACAUGGAAUUUGGAUUAAUUGGGUUUAUUCACUGUAAAUACCAAAUUGUUCUAUAUUAACAUUUGGGGAGAAACGGUAGGAUUUGUAAAGGACAAUGUGAAACAAUGUUUUUACUGUAAAAUAGCGGAGUUGCAGAAUUUUUCAUGCUCAUCUAUUUUGGGCUAAAUUUCUGAUUUAUCCUGUGAAUUCCCUUGUGGCAUUCUUUGCAGUUCAUGUGAAUAAGCACUGCCUUUUUCAGUUGCAUUAACACAAUCCUAGAAGGCUUAUAGUGUUAAAUGUGUGUAAUCCCCAGAUCUCCUUUACUAGAACACUGGUAUUAUCCCAGCAGAGAGGCUGCCAUAAGUGCUUUUCAUUCAUUACCACUUUUCAUGUCAAAAUGAAAUCCUUUGACCUGUUUUAAAUAGAAAAUCACAUUAAGUGGAUACAAGCGUGUGCGACCCACACUGUACUUCUUAAGAAAAACUGCCUCUUGCUGUUUCAACAGACCAAUGAUUUUCCCGGACCUUCUGAUCCCUGAGUAUGUCUGCUCAGUCAGACAGUGUUGGGAGGAAUUAGGGAAAGUGCAGAGUGUGAGCAUGAUUAAACACAUUUACAAUGCACUUUUGAUGAGUUUCAGGGUAUUUAAAUAAGCACUCCCGGCACCAUAAUAAUUUAAUCAGAAUGAAGUUGUUAUGGUGCGAGGAGGUCCUCGGACAUGGUUUUACAUCAAGUGGUUAAACUGUUAAUGAAUGGUUUAAUCCCAAAGUGUUGAAUUUGAGGCAUGAUCACUCUGCCCAUGACCAUCUGCCGCA